AUGUUGAUUUCAACUUCGAAAAGAGCUAUUUUAAAUAGUUCAAGAUGUAUAAUAAGAUUCAAUUCAUCCAAACCAAAUGAUAAUACAACAAAAUCGAUUCCAGAAUUUAAUUUAAGUGAUAUUUUCAAAAGAAUUGAUCAAGUUACAGUCAAAGCUAACGAAAUUAAAAAACAAAAUCAACUUGCUAGGGAAAAUAAGAGACAUCAAAAAAGUCAAAGUUUUAAACUAAGAUCCGAACAGAAUAAAGAUAACUCUACUAUUAACAAUGAUGGAAAACAAGUAAGAUCAACUCGGUUUCAAAACAGACCACAAUCAAGACAACAAGCAAACCAACAACAAGGACAACAAAAUUCCAAACCGUUUCGUCCCUCGUCAGAUCAACACCAAGUACAACAGCAAAGGUCACAACAAUAUCAACAACACUCACAAGAACAACAAUCAAGACCGUUUCGUCCACAAGGUCAAGAAGAUGGAACAACAAACUUUUUUCGUAACCAAUCAAAAAAUAGAACCAAUGGAGAAUCUAAUAACAAUCAACAAUCAUCAUCAACAAGAAAUUCCCAAAAUUUCCAAAAAGAAGGUGAAUCAGCUAACUUCCAACAUCAAAAACAAAGACAAUUUAAUCAAAGAAACAACUCAUUUGAAAAAUUUUCAACAACAUCUUAUACUCCAAAAUUAUUUGAGUCAAUUGGGUCUAGAUUUCCAAACAAUGAAAGAAGAAACAGUGGUAGAUCAAAACCAUGGCAAAGUCGUGGCCAAACUUUUAGAGACGGCGAUAACAAAUCAACAACAUCAUCACAAUCACAAUCAACCACCACCCCAGGUCAAAGAGUUUUUAAAAGAACACCAAGACAACCAUUCUCAAGAGAUCAACAAAUAAAAAAUACCAUUGCACAACCAAUUGAAUCAAAAGAAUUAAUUGCCGAUACAUUAAAACCAAAAUUAAAAUCAGAAACAUUUUUUUAUGGUAAAAUCCCAAGUAUAUUAUCAACUAUAGAUUCAAGAUUUGCAUCAAUAACAAAGUUAUCAUUAUUAGAUUCAAAAUAUCCUUUCAAUUUACCUAAAAAUAUUAUAGAUCAAGCACAGCCAAAUAAUUCUCAAAAUAAAUAUAUUUUACAAAAAAAUUGGAAAUUAGAACCAAAUAAUGAAAUAUUGAAAAAUAGAGUUAAUAAUAUAGUAUUUGGUAAAAUUGAAACAAUUAAAAGUGAUGCAGAAAAUAAGCAAUUAGCUCAUAAUAUUGAAGUAAAUCCAACUAUGAACAUUAUUGAAAAGCAAUCAAUGUAUGAUACAAUUACAAACUUAGGUAAUAUCAAACUGAUUUUUAAAGAUGCUCAUUGGAAACAACAAAAGGCUAAUUAA